ACCGAAGCAGUAACCCAAAAUCAUUUCUUUCUGCCUUUAAUGAAUCUCCAGAGAGUGAGAGACUGACUGACUAAAAGGCUAAAACCAUUACAAGACACUCUCUCUCUCUCUUUCCCAAACAAACUCUUCAGAUUCUCGGGAAAAAUAUUGUUUUCUGUCGCCUAGUUUUGUCUCUUUGUAAUAGAUUCUUCUUUCUUGUGUGUCUGUCCGUCUCUCUCCCAUUUUCUUUUUCCUGUAAGGGAUUCAAUGCCUGAUUUUCUCGGGAAAAUUUCGAAUUUUGUUUUGAUUCGGUGAUGUACAUUGAGCAGAGACGAGCGGAGAAGACGAAGACAACGGUCGAGAGAUUUGUGCGUUGAUUACCUUUUCUUUUUGGGCUUUGGUCGGCAUAUAUGAAUCCGUCGAGCUCUUCUGAAUCGUCUCUCGGCGGGAAACAACCGAGUCUCCGCCGAAGUCUAUCAACGCCGCCGCUGUGCUGCAGAGGUUCCACGGCGGCGGAGUUUUGCGGCGGUACGACUGCGGGAUUCGCCGCCUUGUGUUGCUGCGCCCCUUGCAGCGUGGUGAGUCUAGUGGUCUUCGCCGUCUACAAAGCCCCUCGCGCAAUCUGCCGCCGCGGUAUCCGUCGUAUGAUGCGGCGGAGAGGACGGAGAGCGAAGACGGAUGUUUUGUUGGAUAAUGGAGAUUGCGAGAGGAGGCUGUGCAAAGUUGGGAGCUCGCAGUUCGCUAUUCAUCCGUUAGGGAGCAAAGACGAUGGAGAGUUGAAUAAAUUAGCGAUGUAUUUGUCAGAGGAAGAAGAAGACGACGACGACGAAGUGAUUGCCUUAGAGAAAGAGAUGUGGAACAGAUUUAACAGUGGAGGUUUCUGGCGAAGCACUUCAUAAGCCGAAACGGCGUCGUCUGCAAGAACCGAUUAGAUUCCAAAGUGUGUUAAAGACAGUUCGAAAUGUAGUUGUUGAUCAAAUACCAUAUGAUCUUGUUCAUAUUUUGAAAAUAAACGUCCCCAUUUCACAAUGUAUAUAUGAUCAAUGAAUUCACAUCAUAACUAGU